AUGUACGAAUAUAGUUGGGGAAAAAAAGGGAGGAAACAGCAAAAUUGAGAAUCGAUUAUUGCAUGCUAAAUCGUAGGUUAGUAUAAUUGGAAUAAACAAAGUUGAGAAUCGAUUAUGGGGAAUGAUGAUUCGUGGAAUUCGAAUUCUGGCGAAGGAACAUCAAAGGGCAGUGUCAAUCAUCCCCUUCAGAAGAAGAUGUAUAUCCAGCAGAGCGGUUAUGAGUUUUGGAGAUGGUAGCCAUGGCGCAAUCGGCUUGCCCACUUCCCUCACUGGCAUUGGUGGCGCCGCCUACGAACCCACCACCGUCCCCGGGCUUCCUCCCGACGUUACCAGUAUAGCCGCCGGGCAUUAUCACUCUCUCGCCGUCGAUUCGCAAGGCUGUCUCUGGGCUUGGGGCAGAGAUCAUGAAGCGCAGCUUGGCCGGGGCUUUGCUUCCCCUAGAGAUUCUUGGAAUGUACCAAAUAGAGUGAUAGGGCUGGACCUAGUGAACAUCAGUUCAGCAUCUGCCUCGGGUGUUGUCUCUGCUGCUAUUGGAGAUGAUGGAAGUUUGUGGAUUUGGGGAAAAUCUAAGCGCGGACAGCUUGGUCUUGGAAAAGAUGUCACGGAGGCUGUUAUACCCUCUAGAGUUCAAGCACUUGAAGGUGAAAAGAUAGUUAAGGUUUCUUUUGGUUGGGGACAUGUACUUGCAUUUAGCGAGAAUGGGAAACUGUUUGGGUGGGGUUAUUAUGCUGAUGGCAGGUUGGGAAAUAUUGGAAGAACUCUGAAGAUGUCUCCUUUGGAUUCAAGUUCAUAUAGCUCUACAAAUGGCCAAGAACAACCAAAUAUUGAGCUUGCUGAAAGGUUGGUUUUGGAAUCAAUGGAAGAUGAGAAAAAUAUGCCAAUAAUAUGGGAACCUUGUCUGGUGGAAGACCUUACUAGCGUUGAAGUGGUAGACAUUGCAUGUGGACUUGAUCAUUCCUUGGUUCUCUGCCGUGAUGGCACCCUCUUAAGCUGUGGAAGCAACAUUUAUGGGCAACUGGGAAGAGCUAGACAAGAUUUGGGGUUGUUACCAGUUGAUUCCAGUUUCCAUGUAAAAUCUGUAGCAGCAGGGCUUGGUCAUUCUCUGGCCUUAUGCCAAGAUACUUCAAACAAAGACAUAAGCGAUGCGACGAGUGUCAUCUCAUGGGGAUGGAAUCAGACGUCUCAACUUGGAAGAGAAGGACCAAACAAUAUCCCAUUGGCAAUUGAAGGAUUAGCAGGGGAAACACCUAUAUUAGUGUCAGGAGGUCGUGCACAUUCUAUUGCUCUUGGCUCUAGAGGAGAAGUGUGGGUUUGGGGAUGUGGAAAGGAUGGUAGACUUGGGUUAGGAAGCUCCAGUGAUGAAUCUGAGCCAGUUUUUCUAGAUAGCCUCGAGCAUCGCAAUGUUGUGCAAGCUGUGUCAGGCUUUGAUCACAAUCUAGUGUUGGUUGUUGACUGAUGUGGUACUAAUCUAGUCUUGGUUUGUAUCUUCGGAUGUAUUUACUAUGAAUCCUUUUUGCACCCAGGAGUACAAUAAUUGGUGCUUCGUUGGUACUUGGUACCUAUAAAUUAAUUGGCCUUUUUUAUGUGUAUUGAGUUAGACUAUAGUUCACCCCAACUAUAUCUUAAUAGUCAAAGUAAUGUUUGUUAAUUAGAAAACUUGGGUAUGUCACAUUUCUUUAAAAGUAACCCUUUAUUUGACCACAA